AUGCUGCACACCGCUGCCCAGCUCCGAAUUUUGGCAGCCCGGAUUAAAAACCUGAAGCUGCACAACGAAGAUAUGCGGACGGUAUUUAGAUCAGAUGAAGAAGAGGAAGUUCAGGUAUCUGCUGAGCGUGACAGUACCUACAACAACCUGUGUCUCUGCAUCAAGACACAUCAGCAACUCGUAAGGUUCGUCCGUCACCUGGACCGCAUAAUGAGUCCCAUCGCAAUGAUGCAGCUGGGUCUUGGAGUUUUCAACGGGUGCAUGCUAAUAUUUCCGGCGGCAUAUAGCGCAGAGAGCGACGCCCUGGUGAAGUGCCUGGCAGCCGUGCCCACCAUCAGCACGCAGCUGCUGCUCUACUGCCUCGGGGCUCACAGCGUGCGGGAGCAGGGCGAGUCGGUGUCGCUGGCGGCGUACAGCUGCGGCUGGCCGGACGCCCCCGGCUGCUGCCGGCGACCGCUGCUGCUGGUGAUGCGGCGCGCGCAGCGCCCUCUAGCGCUGACCGCCGGCGGCAUCUACCCCAUACAGAGGGCCACCUUCCUCUCGGUGAGUGCCGCUAUCUACCUGCUCCUUAAUGUUAGCCAAAAGCUGUACAACUAA